GUCUGCGAGCAGGAAUAAACCAGGCUAGGCUAGCAGCCCGGACAGUUAGCAGCCCACUGAGCGGGGGGACGGGUCGCACCAACCGAGCGGCACCGCGGAGGCAGGACCGGAGCGAGUCUGAUUUUAUCCGACAAUGCAAACACCGAGUGUCGCAGCUAGCUAACGUUAGCACCAUCCCCGCGGACCAUGGCAGAACCGACGAUCAACCGACGAUAGAGAGACAAGGCGACAUCGACAGGAAAGCGGUUCGCUUAGUUUCAAUGUUAUUGUCAAUUGAAAGCACAUUUGGUCACAAUGUCCUGCUCUGGGAACCUGGUGUGGGAUGUAAAUAAACGCCUGAUCGGAUACAACGAGCCCAACACCAUCAGGACCAACUACUUAGGUAGAAGAGAAUUUGUCCAGAGGCUUAAACUUGAAGCGACACUGAAUGUACACGAUGGCUGUGUCAACACGAUAUCCUGGAACGACACAGGCGAAUACCUCCUGUCAGGAUCUGACGACACAUUUUUGGUUAUCACAAGCCCAUACAACAAGAAGGUUAAGAAAUCCAUACGUUCAGGUCAUCGGGCAAACAUCUUCAGUGCGAAGUUCAUGCCGCACACCAACGAUCAGGAGAUCAUCUCCUGCUCUGGAGAUGGCAUCAUCUACUACACCCACAUUGAGAAGAGUCCUGAGUUCAACAGACAAUGCCAGUUCACCUGUCACUAUGGGACAGCGUAUGAGAUUAUGACGGUACCAAAUGACCCCUACACGUUUCUGUCAUGCGGGGAGGACGGCACCGUGCGAUGGUUCGAUCUUCGCACGAAGACGAGCUGCAAUAAAGAAGACUGCAAAGAUGACAUCCUGAUUAACUGUCGGAGGGCAGCCACCUCUAUAUCCAUCUCUCCACUGGUGCCAUAUUAUCUGGCCGUGGGCUGCUCCGACAGCUCAGUGCGAAUCUACGACAGACGUAUGCUGGGAACCAGAACGACAGGUAACUACAUGGGCCGGGGGACGACGGGCAUGUGCGUUCGUUUUGUCCCCGCUCACCUGACCAACAAGUCGUGCCGGGUGACGUCCCUCUGCUACAGCGAGGACGGGCAGGAGGUGCUGGUCAGCUACUCCUCCGAUUACAUCUACCUGUUCAAUCCCAGAGAUGACCAGGCCCGGGAGCUGAAGGGCCCGUCCGAGGAGAGGAGGGAGGAGCUGAGGCAGCCUCCAGUGAAACGCCUCCGACUACGAGGGGACUGGUCUGACACUGGACCCCGAGCUCGCCCGGAGAGCGAGAGGGAACGAGACGGUGAGCAGAGCCCAAACGUGUCUCUGAUGCAGAGGAUGUCGGACAUGUUGUCUCGUUGGUUUGAGGAGGCCAGCGAGGCUCAGAGCAGCAGAGGAACGCGGCCACAGACACGGCCCAGAGGAACAGCCGUCCGUCCCGAGGCCUCAUCAAAUCCUCCAGCUGCCCCUGCAGGAGACUCCAGUCAGAGCCCCAGUGCCCCUGAGAGGCCUGUGACGACAGACACUUCAGUGGAACCUGCUGCUCCUGCAGCUGCCACCGCCGCUGCUGCCCCCAUGCCUAAGUCCACCUCCUCUUCCUCCUCAGGGUCUUCAUCAAACGUUACAGCACCUCCUCCCUCAAGCUCCACAUCAGUGGAGAGUUCGGUCCCUUCCACCUCCCUCCUCACCUCCUCCCCUGAAUCAGAGCAGAGGAGUCAGGCACAUACGACCAGGACCCCCACGCCGGCGGCCGCGUCCACCUCAGAAGCUGCACUCUCAGAGUACGGUCCCCACCGGCUUCCCAUAAGUUUAGUGUGUAGGCGUUUGCAGAGGUUACUUCGGCUGGCCGACCCCCCGGGACACGGUCAGCUGGCGGGGCCAUCUUCUUCCUCUGCAGAGAGAGCAAGAGAGUCACAAAGAGCUGCUACCUCUGCUGCUGCCGCUGCUGAGACGCCACCCCGUACAGAUUCCCCCUCGUCUGUGGUUAACAAACAGCUGGGAUCCAUGACUCUUGAUGAACAGCAGGGAGGAGCAGAAGCUGCAGCUUCACCUCCUGGUCAAUCUGCAUCUGCACUAGUGGUCGGCAGCAGCAGCGGCAGCAGCAGCGCUCCCUCCUCCUCCACCUCCACCGGCACCAGUCGACCCAGUGCAGCAGAGCCGGUCAUCAGCCUACAUUACAGCUCAGAGGGAACCACCACCAGCACCAUCAAGCUGGACUUCACUGAUGAGUGGAGCAGCACGUCUGGCACUAUGGGCAGCGGAGCUCGCAAAACAUCUGAGGCUGUACAGAGCAGAGCGAGUGUGUCCACGGAGAGUUCAGCAUCGGGGCAAAUUCCCUCUGAGCCCAUGAGGCAGCAGAGUUUGCCGGCCGCCUCUGCAGAGCCGCCGUGUGACGCCUCCUGCAGCUCGACGCCUCCGGCUGCGGCAGAGGGCUCCUCUCAGGGGGACAGCACGGAGAGGAGUCAGCCGGAGGGUGCGGAGGACACAUCGGGAGGCUGCAGGAGGGCGGAGCCCACCGGGGAGAGCCAAUGCGGCCCGCUCCCAUCAGAGUGGGAGGGCCAGAGUCAGCCCGCACGGGGCAACCAGGACUCUGAUGACAGCGAUGACGAUCCCAUCCUCAUCCCGUCAACGAGGCUCAGAGGACAGGGACAGAGACUUAGUACCAGAGGAUCUGCAGUAGGAGAUAGGAUGAUCAGACGCUCGGCAGCAGCUCGCAUCCAGGAGCUGUUUCGCAGGAGGAAAGAAAGAAGGGAGAUGGAGGAGAGCGAGACCCAGAACAUCAGGAGACCCUCGGUCAAGAUGGUCUACAAGGGCCACCGCAACUCCAGGACAAUGAUAAAGGAGUCGUGUUUCUGGGGCAACAACUUUGUGAUGAGCGGCUCCGACUGCGGCCACAUCUUCAUCUGGGACAGACACACGGCAGAGCACCUGAUGCUGCUCGAAGCCGACAACCACGUGGUCAACUGCCUGCAGCCGCACCCCUACGACCCCAUUCUCGCUUCUUCAGGGAUAGACUACGACAUCAAGGUUUGGUCGCCGCUGGAGGUUUCGCCAUCAUUCAACAGAGUCCUCGCUAAUGAGGUCAUAACUCGGAACGAGCUGAUGCUAGAAGAAACGAGAAACACAAUCACAGUCCCGGCCUCUUUCAUGCUACGGAUGUUGGCCUCCCUGAACCACAUCAGAUCAGAUCGACUAGAGGGCGACCGCUCUGAAGGCUCGGGUCAGGAAAACGAGGAAGAGCAGUAGCCUGCUGGGAUUUUAUUUUACAGAAAACAUCAUUUCUUCUUGCUGUAUAGCACUUGAAAAAAAAAAAAAAAAACUGAUUUGUACAAGUAUAGUGUAGAAUACUUCCUUUCGGAAAUUAGUACAAUUUCUUGGCCCCCUUGUGUUUUUUUAAGAUCACUUUCUUACUGAUGUUUCUGUACGAGGAUAAACUGUGUGAAUGCAAAAGGAAAGGACGUCAGCAUAUACAGUAUAUAUAUAUAUAUAUAUUAUGUGUGAGAAUUACGGCGGCUGGUGUGAGAGGAUGUAAAGUGCAAUAUUUUGUUAGGAGAGAGUGAACUUUGAUCAGUGUUAACGUGUGACAUUUUGAAUUUGUAGCACAAAGCUAAGAGAUGUUGAUGUGCUGCUGCGGCAGUUACGCAUGUGAACAAGGAGUUUCAGUAAAACACAUUUUGAACAAUGUAAACAUUUUGUUGUUGAAGAGAAAAAAAUAAGGAAAAAAGCUGUGGAUCUCUAUGACGGAGUAUUAGGGCCAUGUUUAAGAAGAAAAUAUUAAUUUCGAGAAUGAUAUAUUAAAAAAAUAUAUUUAAAUGAGAAACAAGUCAUAAUAUAGUCUAUAGUAUACAAGUAAAAAUAUUACAAGGAUAAAUAAAACAUUUCAAGGAAAUUACAAGCAGGUUUAACCUGUGCUCGCCUGAGUUUUAUUCCUUCAAAGUUUUGGUAUAUAACAAAUUCUGAAAAAGACGCAGAUGAAAACAAUCGAUUACAGCAUUCUUAAUCAUGAAUACAAUAUUAUGACUUAAUUCUUGUAAAAUUCAGACUUUUCUAGUAAUAUGACGACCUUGUUCUCGAUCUCAGAUUUGUUUCCCUUCUUAAGUGGCUCUAAUACGCUGUUGUGUUUCUUCUCAAAGGGUUGUUACUAAAUUAUUAUCUUUUACAACAUUUGGAAAAAAAUAAAGCGAAAUGGCUUCUUAAAGA